AUGAUUAACUACAAUGGUCUGCGAACAGAUUAUGUCAGAUACUACAAUGCUGAUUAUUUGAAGAAGCUUAAAAAACCUAAAGCACGGUUACGAUGUAAGCUACGUACUCGUUUAUUCGACCGGUAUUUUGGCGGUAGUGAGGUUCAUGGUCUUUUACUUGCUUUUAGUGUAAGUUUUUGUAUUUUUGACCACUUUAAAAUUAAGAAAAAAAGUUUUGAAAUUAAAAAAAAUGAAAAAAAUUUUUUAAUUUUUAAAAAUUGGAAUGUUUAGAAAGAAAUAACACGGCCAUAUCAGGUUGUUUGGAUAAUAUUUUUAUUGGUCACAACUAUCAUAUCAGCUAUUACUACUAGGACUACUAUUCAUGAGUUUUAUGAGCAUCAAACCGCUACUUCUUUCACGAUUAAACAGGUAGGUAACUGACUAUUUCAGAUUUAACUAUAUUUGUUAUUCUACCAUACUUUCCAUUACCCUACUUUAUCAUACAAUAACCUACGUUGUCUUACUUUACUUUACUCUACCAUACUCUGUCUUACCCUAUCUUACUGUAGUCUAUUCUAACCUAUCUUUCUCUACCCUACAUUACCCUAUUCCACAUUAUCUUAUCAUGCCCUACCCUAGCUUACCUUAUUGUACUUCACUUUACUACUACUGAGUUCUACCUUGUCUUAUUAAUACUUUCUUAUUCUAAUUAGCUUUACCUUACUUUACGUGUCCUGUAAGCUAUAUUUACUAGCUACUUUACUGUGCUAUAUUCCAUCAUAGUUUACUCUACUGUGUCUGACUCUACGGUAAUGUAUCAUACUUUACUUUGCAUUACUUUGGCAUUUUCUAUCUGUACCUAUCAUGCUCUACAUUACUUUUCUACCUUGUCUCUUCCGCUUUCUUUGUUCUACUUUACUAUAUCUUGAUUUACGGCACAUAACUAUCUAAAUUUACAUCUUCCAGGUCCUAGCCCUAGACUACCCAUCUCUAAUAGUAUGUCCAAAGAACCCGGAUGCCCUGAGAGUAGAUGAUGCAGUAGCCGAACUUCGCCAAGUUUUUCCAAAAUUAUCAAAGGAAUCAGCUGAAUUGAUAAUAGCGUAUGCUAUAGCAGAUGCUGGUUUUGCUAACAUGGACAAGAAGUUGGGUCAUUUGACUGACGAACAUCACAAAAAGCUUGGUUAUUACUUGAAACAGUUCAAAGAGAAGACCAAGGUCAACGAUGUUCAUGUUUAUAUCUUCAAGAAGUAUGGAUAUAAGUGCGAAGAUGUAGGUUUUGGGACUUAAAGUGGAGUUUAAAUACUAUUUUUGAUUAUAUCUAGACUUGAAGGUUAACAUUUAUAUGCCAAGACAUAUUGAUGUAGUUAUUAAGAUACGUGAAAGCCAAAUUUUAAACAUUUCAGCUCUUCACAUACUGCCGAGUAGCCAAGACAGAAAUACCGUGUUGUGAUGUGUUUGAAGAACAUUAUUUGAUGCUACGUGGCAGAUGUUUCCGGCUGAAGAAGUGGAAUAUGACGCAGGUAGACCCGGAUGACAGGGGAAGCUUUCAUGUCAGAAUGAAACAAUUAGAUGCACCACUAACUGCUAGUAAUAGGAAGCAGGUAAGGAUACUACUAGCUUUAGACUUUGAUCUAGGUUUACCUCUAGCUUCAGCCAUAGUUCUAUUUUCAGAUGUAGUUUUAGCCUUAGCUGUAGCUUUAGUUCUAGCUUUAGCUUUAACUUUAGACCUAGUUUACCAAUAGAUUUAGUCUUAUCUCUAGCUAUAGCCUUUGCUAUUGUCUUUGUUUUAACCCUAAUCUGCGCUCUUGCUUUUGACUUAUUCUCAACUUUAAAUCUAACUUCAGCCUCAAGCUUAGCCUAAACUUUAGUCUUUAGCGAUAUUCCUACUCUUAUUUCCAGCCUCAAGUAAUAGCUUACCUAACCCAGCCAGGCCGUGAAAUCUCAACCUACCCUCGCUUCUACAUCAACUACCGCUCAUACAACGUGAUCAAAUGUAAAAUGAGAAGAAUCAAAAUGUUGGAUUCGAACAAAUAUUGUAUAGCAGACGCGGAUUAUGGUGGUAGAGACGACUGUUACAUUCGGAAAUGGCUGUAUCAUAGACUUAUUGUACCUUUAAAUUGUACUGUGUUUUACAUGAAGGACAAGAAUGAUCAGCACCAACUAUGUCCAGUCGGUUUGGUGGCUUCGAAUUACGAAAAUAUUCAGAAUUUGACUAUUGAUGACUCGGAUGUAAGUUUGGUUUUGGUUUUUCGUUUUUUUUGUAUGGUAAUGUGAACUAUGGCAGGGAUUUUUGAAAAACGAAAAAAUUUUUCAUUUUGAAAAAAAAAUUUAAAAUGUAAAAUACGAACAUCUGACUACGGCUUUAAAAUAAAUGUUAAACUUAACCUUACAGUGCCUACCAGCUUGUGCUAGAAAUGAUAUCACCUGUUCACACUCGUUUGACGAAGAUACGCCAACAAGGCAGUACAUAUUCAGCAAGUCUUUCCCGGAUUUUCAAAUUGAAUUUGGUUUCAGCGAUCUGGAGGUAAUGCUUUGUUCAGUUUAA